UGAGAAGGUCCUCCCUUUGCGAAAGCUUCCCUCAACAAAUCUCUAGCUGGCUGGGACAGCACUUUGUUCUUCGAGAAAUUCUGCCUGAACUUUAAUAAGUUACUGAACACACGGUGAAAGUUGAUACAUAUUACAGGGUGAAAGUUGACACUUUUUGUUGGUGAAAGCAGACGUGAAAACUAAAAACCGUUUCUCAAAAAAUAACUCCUUGCAAUUUCACCGGGGUAAUUUACUAAAGAACACAGUGAAAGUUAAUUUAACUGAACUUUGGCAAGUUACAGGGUGAAAGUUGACACUUUUCGUAAAAAACGUGGUGAAACGUGAGACGUGAAAACUAAAAAACUUCUCAAAAAAUAGCCCCUAGAAAUUUCACCGGGGUAAUUUGUUAAAAAACACGGUGAAAGUUGAGAUAAACUGAACUUUACAGGGUGAAAGUUGACACUUUUCGUAAAAAAGUGGUGAAAGCAGCCCUAAAAACUACAAAUUUUUAAAACCCUUGAACUACUUUCACCAGGGAGAAAAUGAGACAAAAAUUAUCACCAUCCUUCCAACUUUCUCUACGCUCUCUUGACCUGUCUGAAUUUAUUUAACGUCAAACCGGAGAAAAAACUAUUAGCACUCUAACCUCGUUGAGUUCAGUGUCGUGAAAACAAAACAAGAAAAAAAAUGCCGGAUAAUUUCCCCCUCUCGGGACUUGAUCCUCUAACAAGAGACCCCAUAAAUAUUUAAUCUUGUUGACAAGUGGGCCGACUAAGUUUACAAUUUACUCACACUCGACCAAAAAACAAAACCAGGAAGAGAAUUCUCCCUCCUAUUGUUUUUGUGGACGUUCUUAUUAUGCCACCGAAGCGUUGUGGUUUUCUUUACAGAAUUCAAUUUGCGGACAAGGUCUGAAUCUUAAGUGAAAGCAGGAAUAAUCAAAUUCGUGCAGUACAUGUUUAGAGUAAAGGAUGGUGGCAAUUCGACUAUUCAUUUGACCACCGUCAGACUUACAAAGGUACGAGAAACUAAUUAUGGCGGAUUUUUGGAAUGGUUAAGGGUUUAAAAAUUAUAAAAUGUGAAAGUGAUGGGACAAACUUAAUUUGUGGAAAAGAAAGGAGAGAAACCGCAAGAUUAGCGUAAGGAAAUCUUCUUCACUUUUGGUGCUCCAACUAACUUCUCUGCCUUAAACUUAACGCUCCCCUCAUGAAAAAACAGCGACUUCACCCUUACCAAAAAGUUGUCGCACGCAUGUGAUACAGUGAUAUUUGACUAACUAAAUAUGAAGUGAACUAAAAACUUGACCCAAACAAGGAGGCAGACUGUGUGAGUGAGUGAGUUUUAGUGAGUGAGUGACUUAAUGAAACCGUAAUUUUCCCACAGUCCGACAGAAACAAGAAGAAACUAAUUAAAUUCAAGGUUGCCAGUUAAGGACUACAUUUUGUGGAGAAUUGUUAUUAAUUAUCUUAGACAUUAUUAACCCACAUCAGAAUUGAGGACGUCGACGAGAACAAAAUCCAGCGCGACGGAGGAAAGAUCUUCAUGGGCCGUAAACGCAAGACGAGAUGGAGACGACUUUCAAUUGGCGAAAUCUCAGGCAACGAGGAGGACGGGGAAGAAAUGUCCACCGGACUGACGCGAAGUCUUAACCACAGCCCGAUCCAUAAGCCUUACUUAUCAUCCACCUCCUCCAACAAUAACAAUUCCUCCACCACCACCAUGACGAAGGGGGCCUCGGCCGGAAGCUUAUCCACCACCACGCCCUCCGACUCCUCCUCCCCCAACAAAAAAAUCGCCAACGGUGACACCGACUCGUCCAGCUCCACCGUCGCCCCGGCGGAAAACCCGUCCCCCUCAAAUCACCACCACAACAACCACCACAUGUCCAACGGAAACGACCGUGGGGGGUAUUACCACAACAACCACCACAACCACCACCACGACGCCAACUACACCCCCCACAACAACCACCACUACGAAAGUCACUACGACCGGUACCACUACCACAAGGAUAACUACCGACCCCCCUCCUACUACAAUGGGGGUGGGUAUGAAGGUGGGGGGAGGGGGUCAUCCUCCUCCGAACGAGGUUAUCAUGGGGGUGGGGGUCAUCAUCACAAGUCCGACUCGUACCACGGGGGUUAUCAGUCCGGUGGUUAUCAUGGAGGAUACAGAGGCGGCGGAAGUAAUGGGUACAAUACUUAUAAUCGAAACAAUUCGACGACCGGAAAUGGAUCUUCGUCCGAGAGUGGGGGGUAUAAUGGGGGUGGGGGUGGUGGAGGUGACUAUAAUGGUGGAGGGGGACACCACCCCCCGUCCAGAUCGUAUGGACCGGGAAGAUUCAGACGGAGUAGGAGUUAUCCAGCGUCGAAUUAUUAUUAUGCGAAUGGAAGCGGGGGUGGUGGGGCAGGAAGUAAUUGUGACAAUACCAACAAGCCUUCUUAUAAUCAAGAGGAGUACACGAAAAUCACGACCCCACGUCAAGACGUGCUCUUCAAGAAGGGUUAUUUGAGCCAGAAGAAGCCUCAGUCCUCGGUGGAAAGCGCGUCCGCAACGACCACGCCCACCGCCUCCACUAACGGCACUCCUGAUACCCAGUCCACCAACGGGAUCAAUUCUGAUUACUCUGAAGGUGGGUACGAGAACGGCGAGACUGAUUGCGUACCGUACGACGACGCGUACUACUACGGGCCUCCUCCCGAAGCCGUCUUCACCGAUCCCACUGGAAUGGUUUACUAUGGUCACUGUUCCAACAAUGGCGAAUACUACGACGCAUACCCGGUGAGCCCGAUGAUGGUGCAAGGCUACCCGACCGUGUAUUACCCGAUGCCCUAUCCCGUCGACUGGAACGGGGUGCCGAUCCCGUACCCGCAGAUGAUCGCCGUCCCCCCACCCCCACAACAAAUCCCCCAUCCGCAUGGGUCUCAUAUAGAGGAAGUCGUCGAAAACAAUGUUCCCUGCUUACAGGGUCCCGAGGUGGCCUCGCCUCCUUCCAGCGGGGAAAGUCACGGGAGUAAUAAAAGUGACACACUUUCACCCACCGACUCAACCCUCACGUCGUCAACGUCAUCGUCAUCAUCCUCCUCGGAAGCGGAACAGUCGCCACUCUCCUCCCCGAAAGAUCAAGGCUUAUCAUCAUCCGAGUCCAAGACGAUGACCACCACCAGCACCACUUCCGGUCCUGGAGAUAUUCCCAACAGUGGCAAUUCGUCUUCAUGUGUGUCAGACGAAAAGUCGUCACUAACGCCACGGGAAGGCUCACCUCCCAACAAAACUAAUGAGUCGUCGGUAAAAAAGGACGCUAAGUCUGGUAAGGAAGCUGCCGGGGUGAAAAAAGAGCAGCAAAAAAGCAAAGCCACCAGCGGGGAUAAGGAUAACAACAAUUUAUCAAAAUCACAAAAGAAGACGGAAAUUACUUUAUCAUCAGUGAAACCUCAAUCCCAGCCGGGGAUAAAGAAGAUCACCUCAAGUACGAGUAAGGAUUCCACACCACCGACGACUUCCUCCUCAUCAUCCACAAUGUCAUCACCACCCUCAUCAGCGCCCGUUUCUCCACCCGGCGCUACCGGACAAGCCGCGCCUCUUCCUCCUCCAGUGACCACGUACGCGUCCGCGGUAGGAAACGCGCACCAAGGUCAAAGUCAAGGUCAAAACGUGAUGCCACCACCACAACCACACCCACAACAACAACAACAUCUCCACAACGGACAUUAUCAACACCCUGGUCCACGAUAUCACCACCAAGGACCACCACCCCCACAAAUGAGUCAUCACGGACCACCCCCACCACCGAACGGGUAUCAUCACCACGGUCCACCACCACCACAGCAGCAACAACAACAACACGUCAUACAGCAGCACCCACUUCCUCCACCCCCGCAUCCCAUGGCGGGGCCACCCCCACCACCGUACGGGCAUAUGUAUCAUCCCCACCCGCCACCCAUUCCCGGGGCCGGGUUCGUCUACGGACCUCCCGUCUAUAAUGGAAUUGCACCUGCUACCACCGCCGACACUGUGUCCUCCUCCUCCCCCUCUUCUUCUUCUUCUUCUUCCUCCACUUCUACGUCGACCACUAGUCGAAAAAAGCGUAAAAAGAGACGGAGAGAGAAAGACAAAGAGAACGACGAGAAUGGUGGGGGCGAUGAUGAGGAUGAUGAUGAUAAUGGACAGUUGACAGAUGAAGCUUCCCAUCCGACCAAGGCGGAGUCUCCUACAACCACCACCACCAACGAGACUACCAUCGCUACCAAAUUACACAGUGAAACGCUAACCGAACCAAUAACGACGAAGACUAGUGAAAGCGACCAGAUUAAAAAAUCAGCUCCAGCAAAACAUUCAAUUUCCGAGGAGAAAGCAAAAGAAUCACAAAUUAUAACUAACUCGACAAUCCAGUGUCCUAAUAAUUCUGGAGAAAUUAUUUCCAAGCAGAUCAACGACGCGGUGAAAGCAGGAGUAGAAUCCGACCUAAAAAUUCCUACUAAUUCUUCAUCUGGAGAAAUUAUUCCCACGGAGAAAAACACAUCCUCCACAAAAAUUAUAAGCCGCAGCCCCUCCACGACUUCCACCUCGUCUUCGCUACUCGACGGAGAAUCACCACCACGUGAGCAUCCCUCCUCCACCACCUCCUCAAAUUCCACGACACCAUCAAAAUCCUCGUCCGCACUCCGGAAAGAAAUUACGGAACCUAUUGAAUCAAAUUCUACAAAAUCCACUAAAUCCAAACGCAAGAAGAAGAAUUUAAAGUCCAAAAAGUCUAAGGCAGCAGCUUCAUCCUUAUCAUCAGUAUUCUUGGAAGAGGAGAGUAAGAAAAUGGCGAGUAAAACUUGUCAUCAUAAACUUAUCCCCACUUUCACCAGUGGAGAAAGUGAAGAAGUGAAAGUAUCACCACCAAAAGAAGAUGAUGAUGAUGCAGUAGGAUCAAAUCAAGAUAAUAAUAAAAAAUGUGGCGAUGAUGAAAAUGAAAAGAAGUCCGGAGAAGAAGAAGGGGCUACUGCUUUCACCAAUAUUGAUGAUUCAGCAGCAGGAUCCACCACGGCACAAAGUUGUGCAUUAGCAUCAGAACAAGAGAAUAAUAAAGUGAAAGCAUCCCCACUUUCUCCAAGAUCUUUAGGACAUCCUACUCCUGGAGAAAGUCGGACUUCAAGCUCAAAUAAUUCCGUAAUUCUUCCCCUAACUCAGAUUUCGAGUAAUGUUACCAAGAAACCGUCCGAUUUGGACUUGACAUUGACAUCUUUCACAUCUUCCGCUGUCCUCGCCGGAUUCGGCUCUCUCGACACCGACGAAGAUGACUUUCUCCCUCUCCUCAAACCUCUCUGUGAACCAAGUUCACCCUCCGAUUCAUUAAAUACUAAUCAAAGCAUGGCUGGGAGUGAAGAUGUCGCAGCGAUUUCCGUGUCAGAGUCGGAUUUCAAUAUUAAUAAUGCCAUGAAUCGAGCCACUUCUUUGGACGAAGUUGAAGAAGAUUUACCUCCGGAGGAUGAAGAAGAAGAUGAAGAACCUGAUUUAGGAAAAGUUACGGAGCUACUUUCUCCAAAAUCAGGUGCUGCGUCAGAGCAGCUACUUUCUCCGUCAGUCGAUCCAACAGAGCAGCUACUUUCUCCGUCAGUCGAUCCAACAGAACAGCCACUUUCUCCGUCAGUCGAUAUUAUUGCUGCAAGUUCUCAGGAAAAAUUGGAAACAAUGCCGCCGCUUUCUUUUUGUAAGCCAGCAACUUCUCCUCCCAAUGACGCCGACAAUGUCGCAAGUUUGUUCAAGCGAGGAGAUGAAAGUCAGGUCAAACUUUCUUCCGUCGUCGUCCUGUCCCCGUCAGAAGAAGAAGAUAUGCAAAAAGAAGAAAGUCCACCACGAGAGACACCAAAGUCGACGGCAGGCUUGGGUGAGCAGGAAAAUGUGACAGAUUUAGGACAGCAGCAGCAGCAGCAGUCGGAGAAAGUUAGAGUUGAGACUGAAGCGGAGGCAGAGGAGAGACCCAAGAGUUUAACUUUGGCAGUGUCAGAAUGGCUCAAGACUCAGGGGGAUGCUGCCUUGACGGUGACACCGAUCCGUUCCACCGAGGACCAAGAGGAAGGAGAGGAAGGUGAUGCUGAUCUUAGCGAGGAGGACGAAGAUGAGGAAGAUGAGGAUGAAGAGGGUUCUAAAUUACAGGACCAAAAAAACCUGCUUUGCAACCCUUGGGCUGCACCAUCCAAUAGACACGAGGAUGGUCCCCAUUCCAGCCCAAGGGUUGCACACCAGCACCACUACCACCACAACGACUUCUCCCCCUCUGAAGAAGUAAUUAAGAGUGAAAAAACUCCAGUAAUACAUCAAAAUCAAACCACUUGCUCAAACCAAUCUCUGACAAUUCCUCGCUACGAUAAUAAAACCACGACUUUCUCUUCCUCCAAUAAAAACACUAAUUACGACGACUCUGGCUACGAACUCAGCUCACAGGACGAAACCCAACCAGAUUUCUCAUCCAUUUCCACCACGAGGAGGAAAAAUCACAGAAAAUCCGCGGAACGAGACGUCGAUAAAACCAUUCAACCCGCACAAUCAUCAUCAUUCACUUCUUCUUCUCUUCUUCUUUUAACCGAUGAUAAUAAUACAAAUCCGAUCUGUGACCCACAAAAAUUCUCAAAGUAUUACCAAUUCGGCGUAGUUUUUGAGCCAGAUCAGGAUCACGAUCAAGGUAUUGACUUUCACCAAGAAGAUCAGCAUGAUUCAGUCCAACCAAAAAAUCAGCAAGAUAAAGAAGAGAAAGUUAUGAUGAGCCAAAACUUACCGGAGAGAAAGCAAAGUCUAAGAAAAUCCGAAAACUACCCGGGGAGAAAGCAGCCUCUGGGAAAAUCCGGGACCGAAGUUGUCCUGCGAGGCUUUCACGAUCCCAAUCUAGACGAAGAAAUAGGAACUUUUGAUCCUACCGUGGUUGCAGAACAGAGGGAGAACAGGGGCCGAAUUUAUGCCCAGUUUGAACCCAAAUUUAGCCGUGACGAUGACCACAGUGAGGAAAAUUUUGACGAAAAUUAUGACACUCAAAAUUCGCAAGGUCACCUUUACACGAAUCCAUUUUCCUUGGCGAAGGAGCUGGUGGAAAGUGGGGAGGCGUUGGAGGAAUCUUGGGACGUGGAUUCGGAACCGCUCCCCCCGUACGAGCACCCGGCUUUCCCUGAGGUUGAAAUCCUCCCCCCGUUUAACCGGAAUACUCCGAAGAAUCGGGUGAUACGGAGGAAUUUGGGGGGAGAGGGCGCGCUUAUGAGUGGAAUUUGCUGUUCGAUCCAAUAAUGCAUAAAGAAAUCUGUAAUGUUAAAAGGCUGGAGGAUAUUUUCUUACUUUUCGUGUCACAUUUACUUAUCUAUUAUGCUAAUUAGGUAUCACGUGGGUGGUGGUCUCUACCCCGCCCAUUUUCGUCAUGCUUUCUCCAUGAGAAGAGAGAGUUUUAUUAAUUUGUUGGUUAAAUUAUGCAUAAUUUUUGUAAUAAUUACAUAUUAAUCUAAAUGUGUACGUACUAAUUUACAAUUUCAAGUUUUUUUCAAGUAGAAAAUAUCUUCAUGAAACUGAUAAGUUUCUGAAAUUUUUUUGUGCGAGAAUUUUACUUUCUCCUCGUCCGCCUCAUCCUAAAAAAUAUGUCAAGUAUAUAACUUAAUUAUAAACUAUUUUACAUAUAUUUAAUUAGAAUAUUGAUGAAAUUGUCAAGCCAAUCAUGCAUUUAUUAUGUAAAAAGUUGUUCCUUCCUCUUAAACAUAAGUAAAAAUAUUAAUCUUAAUCAAAGUGGUGGCACUUACAUGCAUAAAAUGUGGAGAAAGUGCAUCAUCACACAUCAAACAAGCCAAUACAUAAUAAUUUUUAGUAGAGAAUUACUUAAAAAAAACUGAUCCUAUCCAAACCCCCUAAAAAAUCUUACAUCUCAUCCUAAACUAAACUAUUUAAUACCUAAAAACUUAUUGCUGCUCCCAAAAUUCCCAGAAAACCAAAAUUCCCAAAAAAACUUCUCCAUUUACGACUAAAGUAUUUAUUCAUCAAAUCAAACGGGAGAAAGUCUUCUUUUAAACUUUUAAAACUUUUCCUUUUUCUAUUUUAACAGAAAAAAAUCUCAUAAAUUCUCAGGCUAUCAAUAAAUAAAUAAAUACAUACAGCUCCUCCUCUUCUUCUUCCUGUAAAGAAAAGUGAAACUGCUGGGAAAAACUUUUAAACUAAAGCUGUCUAUAUAUUUGGUACAAGUAUAUAUUGCUAUCAAUGAAAUUCUACAAUUAAAUAUCUCUCUCUUUAAAAUUAACAAUUAACUCUACAAUUAAAAAUAUUAACUUUAAAAAUCUCUACUCUUACUUAAACGAAGCCAUGAAUUUAUCAAGUCUGUAAAUAAAUCUGUAAGUAUGCAAUAUGCAAAUGCAUAAUAUGCAAAUUAAUAUCCUACCUCCCCCUCUUCUCCUCCUUCUUAAAUAGCCAAUUACUUAUCUGUCGGUUACUCUACUUAUCAUCAGUACUUAUCAAUUAACUCUUCUUCAGGUGUACAGUAACAAUAAAAUUAUGAACAUUAAAUAUUACGGGUUGAUACAUAACUAUUUAGAGGCUAAAUACGCUUUAUAAAUACACCCAAACAACCAACUCUUAAAUUUACAUAAAAUAUAAAUAUCUAUGAUUAACAAUAAGUAUUUUAACUGUUAAUUAAUUAAUUAUCCUUAUUACUUACUUAAUUAAGGAAUUAAUUAUAACGUGAUAAAAGAAUUGUAACUUGUAAAUAGCUAAAGAUAAGGCACACCUCGUCCCCUUGUAACGCAAGGUCAUCAUCAUCUCAUCAUCUCCUUCUUCAUCUAUCUAUCUAUCUCCUCAUCAUCUGUGUGCUAAAAAAUGAUCAUUCAUCCUGAUGACGAACGACGACGACGGCGACACUUGUGUUCAAGGAGCUUGGUUUCGAAUCGUCAGUCUCCUCCUUAAAAUUAAAAAGUAUGAUAAGAACACGUCGUGUUCUUCGUCUUAACGGCAAAUUAUUGCCGUUUCUUCAUUUGCAUAAUAAAAUAUGUAUGUACAUAAAACACUUUGUAGGAUAUUUAAACAUUUAAAAAUCAUGAUGAAAAACUCUGUGUUACGUAAAUAUUUACCCUUAAAAAAGUUUGAAAAUGUUUUUUUGUGGGUUAUGAGUGAAUGAAUGAUAACUUAUCAUUGAUAAGGGAAGGUUUAUAUUGAUAAGUAUGGAAAUGAUAUGUGACACCACCACAAUGAGUGAUUUUUUGUAUACAUACAUAAUUAAUUAAUUAAUUAAUAAUUUUGGUAAUUAAUUAAUUGGAAUCUAUGACAAUUAAUUAAUUAAUUAAUGUCAUCGUCGCAUUCUAACUUUUUGUGUGUGCGAUCCAAAUAAAUAUGUAUCAUUAUCCAACGAUAUGCCUUUUGUUGUUCGGUCGGAUUAAUUAAGAAGGAAAAAAAUGUAAACUCAAUUAACAGAGUGCCAUUUAAAAGUUAAUUAAUUAAUUACAAUUUAAAUCAAAGUCCACGUGGUUUAAAAAAUAUGCACGUGGUGCAGAUGAAUCCUGCAUUUUUAAAUAUGGCGUCGAUCCCUACCAACAUACACCUUUAUAACUCAUUUACAUAUUUACUUAUUAAUUAUUCUUCUUAAUUAAUUACUUAAUUCUAAUUAAGUAAUAGAGUUUUUCACAUUAUUCAUUAUUAAUUACUUAUCAUUAAUUAAUUAAAUGUAAAUAGUUAUAAAAACAACACAUUGAAAUUGUCAUUGCUGGAAUAUUUCUCUUAAACGAGAAGGGAAAAAAGUAAUUAAUGGUGAUUUGAUUAAUUAAUUACCCAAUUAAUUUACAUAUUUAUAAUUAAGUAAUCUAAGUAACUAAAUGAUAAGAUAUUUAGAUAAGCAAUGCCAGACUUUGAAGCAAUGCUACCAUUAAAAAACUGCUGCUGCUUUACGUGCAUGCAAGGUAUGAGUCUGUCUAGUCUAGACCGCACCGCACCAAUUAAACCGCUGCUACUACAACACGGAAAAAAUUGCUGGACCGUUCGAAAAAAAUGAAUUCAUCAUCAAUAAGAAAUUAAUUUAAUUACUCGUUAAAUAAUUAAAUAUUUAAUUACAAUAAUUAACUCACUAAAUAAAUUGUCAAUAACUUAAAAACUUAAAUCAAAAAGCUGUACCUCAAAAAAUACAUAAGAAAAUCGAAAAUUUCGAAAAUCAAUCUUUAUGCCACGUGUAUGUCGUACACGUGUAUCUAAUUUAAUACGCGAGAAAAUCGAAAAUUUCGAAAAAUCAAAAUUUAUGCCACGUGUUAGCAAGCACGUGCUACUAAAAAAAUGCAGGAUCGUGAGUGUCACACACCGUAUACGUUAUUGAUCAAUCAGGUAUUUAAAAUUUUAAAAAUAACGCAAAAUUUUAAAAUUCCAGGUCUCAAUGGAAAGCAUAGAUUUACAUGGUGCAAGGAAAAUGAAAGCAAUUAAGUAAAUAAUCAAUCGUGCUUAACUAAAUAAAUUCGAAUUUCUAUUAAUAAAUACUAAUCAAUUUUUAGGAAAUUUAAAAAUUUUACAGUUACAUUUUCUUAUUUCAAAUAUUUUCUCGUUAUAAAGUUAAUAAUUUUUAAUAAUCAAUAAUUAAUUAAGUAUUUAAGAGAGAUAAAUAUAUACAGUAAGUUAAUUAAUUAUUGAACUUGCGACAUAAUUAAACGUCUUGGUGCAAGUUGCUAAAAAACGCAAGCUAAAUAUUUGCAUAUUAAUUAAUUAUUGUCUUAUUUCUACAUUUCCUCUUUAAAAAAUACGUGUCGUUUUAUGAAUUUUAAAAAAGGAACUCAUCUCUUCAUCUUUGUUACUCUUAUCAAAUCAAAUCAUGUACUUAAAAAAUGUGUACUUGUUAAUUAAUUAAUUAAUUAAGCAAUUAAUUAAUUAAAUUUUGAAUAAUCAACCGAUCAACGAACAAGGAAAUCCGAGGUCUUCUUAGCUUUAAUUGUUCAUCAUGUAAUGUAAUCUAUAAUUGUUGAAUUUUUGCAGUGAAUUUUUGCAGUGCACAAUAAAUAUGUGGGCACUUCUUGUUACAUGCUCUCGCUGUUGUUAAAUAUUAAAAUUAUCAAGAGUUGUGUUAAUUAAUUAACUAAUUAAUUAACUAAUUACAAGAAUGGAUCUUUAACUACGAACGAUGAACGAAUGACAGAUUGAUGUAUUAAAAAAUGAUGUGAAUCCAUUAAAUAAAUGAAUAAAUAAGAAUUAAUUGGAUCACGAAUUUCAAGAAAAAAAUACGAGUGUGAUGAUAUUUUAAAAAUGGAAGAAAUGAAAAUGAUUAAUUAAUCGAUUCGAAAAUUAUUAUUGAUAAAAUUUUAAUUAUCUACUUUUUAGGGGUAUUUAAGGGUCGCUGAUAAAUAAAUAAAUAAUUAAGUAAUGAUACAUGCUUAUGGACAAUAUUAAAUUAUGUAAAAUUGACUAAGAAAAUUAAUAAUUUCGAAAAUUAAUUGACGGGAAAAUAAUUUGAAGAAAGAAUUGUGUGAAUUUUGAUUUCAGAAAAAAAUUAAAAGGAAUUAUUACAUGAAAAAUAUUUAGAAGUUGAUUUAAGACCUGGUUUAAUUAAUAAUUAUAAUUUAAUUAUGUGAAUCAAUUUCUCGUAUGCUUUCUUCCUGGUUUGGUAAUUAAUUAAUUAAUGAUGGGAUAAGGUUAAUUGUGAGGUUAUUAAAUAUUUUAUUUAAUUUAAUUAGUUAAUGGUUAAGGUUCCACCUGAUUAUUAUAUUAUUCAAUAAAAUCGGUGAUAAUUAAGCACUUCUAUGAAAUGUUAUGGAAAA